AUGUUGAAACAAAAGGCUCUAAUUCAAGUCCUGGAGCAAGCCAACACCAAUGAAGUUACCAGCGCGAUUUUGUUCAACAAAGAGGGUGAGCAACAUUCAAUGAGUUAGGGAAGUUUCGUACUGAAAAUGCGUUGCUUGGAAAAUUGCAAGUUCUCAAAGGCGGCUAGUAAAGCACAAAAAAUCUAAGUUUCUCAAUAUUUUUCGGUUCAGAGUCCAUUGCGUUAUAUAUAUAUAUAUAUAUAUAUUAUCACAAAUUAAAUAUUAAGCUUUUUAUUUUUAAGGACUUUUGCUCGGACAAAGCGGCGAGGAGGUCUCUCCCACCUGGAUUUCGAGCAUCUGGGCGUGUUUCGACCGACGAGGUGCAAAUAUUUUUCUUAUUUUUAUAGCGAAUGCUGCAUUUAAAUAAUUUUUCGUUACGAAAAUCUUCUCAAAAAAAAAAACAACGUACGAUCUCCUUCUACUCUCCUUACAAAAUUUUCCUAAAACUUCAGAUCUGAACGAAUCGAUAAUCGUCAUGGACGAGGGGAUCAUCGGAAUCGCCCCCGUCGCCAAUAUGCUGUUAGCCCUCAAGGUUUGAAUUUUUCUCGGUUCUUGAGGCAAUAUAAAAAAAAACGAAAAAUAAGCAAAGCCAAAUUUCAGAAAGAAGAUAGAAUUACUAAAUUUUUAGGCAUAUUUUUGUUUCUCACACAUAAUAAGUCAAUUUGUUCCAGAUUUGAUGUUGCUUUGAAUUAAACUUUGAAUAAGCGUUCAUAAAUGAAUCUUUAGAAAUUCUAGGAAAAAAGGUGAUUUUUGAAUAAUUUCUAGUUCAGAUUUUUUGUGUUUGGCAAGCCUACUCUCAUCAUUCUUUCUUUUUGUUCUCAUUCUUUCUAUUUUUUUAGGCUCUGAAAGAAGGCGUGACAAGCCAAUUUAUUCGUUAGAGCACACUUUCACCACUUGCAAAGAAAGUUAUAAAUGAGUUAGAUUUCCUUCAGCAGUGAAAAAACGUUUUCUUUAUCAUUUUUUCAUCCUUUUCUUGAUUUUCAUUAUUCAAACGAAAUCACCUUUGAAACAUCAUUCGGAAACUGUUUUCGAACUUCUUAAUUUUAAAAUGGUGUCAUUGAAGACGUCAGGCUUAUCAAAAUAACAAACAAACAAACAAAAAACAACGUCAAGUGUUCUUCUUCUGGAGGAAUUGUCAUCAAAUUCAACUUCCGAAUGGUAAAGUAUAACAUUCUGCAAAUAUCUUAUUGUUAUUUGCGACGAGUUGUGAAUUGUUGAAAACAGGUUGGGGCCAAAUAAUUGCCCUUGUCUAUAGCGCGCCGUGACGUUUUUCUCUUUUUCCAAAAAGGCUGUUAUCGCCUUGCUCAGCUCUGAUCCUCAGCCAUCGAAGACCAUAAACAGGUUUCGUUUCUGAUGACGUGCGUCAUUGUUACACGUAUAUUUUCGCAUGUUCUUACGAGGUCAAUUACUUGAUUAGUUAUGGGUUUCGAGGUGGAGAGGGAAUCGGAACACGCAUCAGAAAUUUAUAGAAUUUCGAAAAAUACUCCAAUUUUCCAUUUUAAAAAUAGAUGAAAUUAAAGUGGCUGCAGAUGACGAUGUUCAAUUAAAAGUAAUUUAACCAAUUAUAAUCAGUUUUCGAAAGAAAUUCAUCAAUACGCCGAGUCGAACUCCCAUUUCGCCUACUGUAGUUGGUGGAUAAAUUGCUAGAGAUAAUAGUUUUCUGAUGUCAUUUGAAAGUCAAUUCACUAAUUAUUUUUCUAAACGGCAUGUUGAACAUUUGAGCCGCAAGUCCGACUCCAACGAUAAUGAAUUCUAAAAGCUUCUCAAACCAAAUUCGGACAGUGUUGCUUUUGAAUCUAGUCAGUUUUCGAAUAAGUGAAUUUCAACGUCAUCGAAAGCGCAGGAUUUUAAAAAAACUGCUUGAUCAAAAGUUUCGAUCAUGAAAGACUACUUCAAGGGGUUCAGACGAAGAAAAAAGUCCUUUUUGACGCCAUAUUGUAACUCUGAUUUCAUAUUUUUGAAAACUAUUAACUAAUUAAUUUCGGCUUACUCGGUGUACGUCAGAAUUCCUCACACAAAGGAAUCCUCAAGCUUGAUACGACGUUUCCUGGCAAAAAUAGAUGGACAAGCUGAAUUGGCUUAAUAUAAUAACUCUCUGAUGUAGCAUCCAUAUCUCUUCCGUCGAAGAGAAAGAAAAACCCACGGAGAUAUUUGAAAACUACUCUUAUUGCUUUUUCAAAACUGAGUUUGGCAGUUUGAGCUUUCAACGAACCACAACGCGUCAUUCUUUUGGACGCUAAAAAUGCUCGUUAAAAGGCUCUCCUGGGAUUUCGGUUUUUUUUUUGUUUCUUUGAGGACACUUUAUUUAAGCUCAUAAAGUUAAUUUUCUCUCUGCAGAAAGUGAAACUUUUUAUGGAGAAUCAAAUUCAGAUAGCCGCUAUCUGCGCAAAUUUUAAGUUUAGAAGCUAAACUUUUCUUUUUCAAAAGCUGUAUAGCAUUGACAGUAAAAACUGAAAAGCUUCAAUACCCCAAAAGGAGAUUUUGCACAGAUACUACUCUGGCCUUUUUCAGUGAAUCAAAAGCUAUUUGUUCGAAGUUGUUAAGUUUUCCAAAUAUAUAGGUUGAGUGACCUUUAUUGUGUAUUGCAUUUACCUGAUUCGUUGUGCUGUUUUUGUUCACGAUUAUGCCUUGUGUGCAUUUCCCCGAAUACGAGCUGCUACUACUUUUGCGUUAAAUGUUGAAGAGAACAGAUGAGAAGUGUAAACCAUUUGUACCAUUUGCGGAAAUGUAAAGAAAAAAAGACGAAUGAACAAGUGAAGGGCAAAGCGUGUUGUAAUUCCUGGUAUCUUUUCUCUGAGUGUGUUCCUCGUUUCCAAAUACUUCAAAAAAACCUUUGCUACUUUUUAUCAUUACUCUUAGUUUAAAGCAGGAAAAGUUCGAUGCAAAAAUCAGUUUUUGCAAAGUUUUCUGAUACUUGUGAAGACUACUCGAAACUUUCUCAUAUUUCUCCGGACUACUCGGGAAGAAUCUUGGCAAGUAGUUAUGAUCUAUUCAUCGCUACCCUUACAAUUCCUAAGAGUGCAAAAAAAGCAAAAAUUUAUGUGAUUGACUCUCUAUCUCUCUGCGAACAUCAAUUAGCGAUGAUACAAAGAGAAAUAAGGUUAGAUAUAACCCACCCUGAUGAAUUGAAAAGUAAAUUUUGACUAACCUAUACACAAAGAAAUUUGCAAGUUUUUUCUCAAUUUUUGAAGCUCUGCCAUUUUUUCAAAGUUUUUUGUCUGUUGGAAAAACGGUUGAUAGAACGGCCAGUUUUCUUAGACAUCUGAUAGAUUUUAAAAUUUUUUGUCCUCUACUUUUAUCAUUUUGUUUGGCUCCGGCUCUUUAUCAGGCGACUUCAAAAAAGAGGGUCGGAAAAUAAUGAAGUUUCGCCAGUUAUCUGUUGACUGACUAAUCUUCGCCCUCUUUGUGUCACCUGCAAACUCUCAAACAGUUUAUCGGCGCCACGUGCUGAGGAAAGGACAAGAAUAGAUUUUUCAGGCGAGCAAAAAAGCGGAAAUUGGAAUGGUUCGGGCCAAGCUGCGCGCCAUGGCCAAAUACCUCGAAGGACCGAUUUCCAUGAUCGAAAGAGAUGUCUAA